CCCGGAGGCUGCGCCCAUUCCCGGGCAGACGCGGACGCAGUAGCCGAAGCUUGUGCGGGGCUCGCUGGUACCCGGAGCCGGUGCCGAAGCCGUGGUGAGGCCGGGAAGGUAGGGACAGGAGUCCAGCCACCACUUGACCGCAGGCUGCAUCGUGUCGCCGGUUCCGCGGGCACCAUGAGCCAGGACACAGAGGUGGACCUGAAGGAGGUGGAGCUGAACGAGCUGGAGCCCGAGAAGCAGCCGAUGAACGCGCCGUCCGGGGCGGCCACGGCGGCGGUCGUGGCGGGCGGCGCGGAGAAGAACGGUCUGGUGAAGAUCAAGGUGGCCGACGACGAGGCGGAGGCGGCGGCCGCGGCCAAGUUCACUGGCCUGUCCAAAGAGGAGCUGCUGAAGGUGGCGGGCAGCCCCGGCUGGGUGCGCACGCGCUGGGCGCUGCUGGUGCUCUUCUGGCUCGGCUGGCUCGGCAUGCUCGCGGGCGCCGUGGUCAUCAUCGUGCAGGCCCCGCGCUGCCGCAAGCUGCCGGCGCAGAGCUGGUGGCACAAGGGCGCCCUCUACCGCAUCGGCGACCUUCAGGCCUUCCAGGGCCCCGAGGGGGGCGACCUCGCCGGCCUGAAGGAACGUCUCGAUUACCUGAGCACCCUGAAGGUGAAGGGCUUUGUGCUGGGCCCAAUUCACAAGAACCAGAAGGAUGACCUCGCGGGGACCAACUUGGAACAGAUCGACCCCACUUUUGGCUCCAAGGAAGAUUUUGACAGUCUCUUGCAGUCGGCCAAGAAAAAGAGCAUCCGGGUCAUUCUGGACCUCACUCCCAACUACCGGGGCCAGAACUCGUGGUUCCUCCCCACAGAGAUUAACUCUGUGGCCGCCAAGAUGAAGGAUGCUCUGAGUUUUUGGCUGCGGGCCGGUGUGGAUGGGUUCCAGGUUCGGGACGUGGAGAGUCUGGAGGAUGCACCUUUGUUCCUGGCCGAGUGGCAGAACAUGACCAAGAGCUUCAGUGAAGAUAGGCUGCUGAUUGCCGGGACCGAGUCCUCUGACCUUCGGCAGAUCCUGAGCCUGCUCGGGUCCACCAAGGACCUGUUGUUGACGAGCUCAUACCUGUCAAGCUCUGGUUCCAGUGGGGAGCGCAUGGAAUUCUUGGUCACCCAGUAUCUGAACGCCACUGAGGAUCACUGGUGCAGCUGGAGCCUGUCCCAGACAGGGUUCCUGGCUUCCCUCGUGCCGGCUCACCUCCGCCGUCUCUACCAGCUGCUGCUGUUCACCCUGCCCGGCACCCCGGUUUUCAACUACGGAGAUGAGAUUGGCCUGGAGGCAGCUGCCCUUCCUGGCCAGCCUGCGAAGGCUCCAUUCAUGCUCUGGGAUGAGUCCAGCUUCCCCAACACCUCAGGACUCGGAAGUACCAACAUGAGUGUACAGAGCCAGAGUGAAGACCACGGUUCCCUCCUCUCCCUGUUCCGGAGGCUGAGCGACCAACGGGGCAAGGAGCGCUCUCUGCUGCACGGAGACUUCCACGUGCUGUCCUCCCCUGAACCUGACCUCUUCGCCUACAUCCGCCACUGGGACCAGAACGAGCGCUUCCUGGUGGUGCUCAACUUCGGGGGUGUGGGCCACACUGCCAUGUUGGGGGCCUCUGGUGUGCCGGCCAGCGCCAGCCUGCCGGCCAGUGUCAACCUGCUGCUCAGCACCGAUGUGGGCCGUGAGGAGGGCGUGUCUCUGGAAUUGGAGCACCUGAACCUGAAGCCGUAUGAAGGGCUGUUGCUCCGCUUCCCUUACGUGGCCUGACAGGACCCCCCUCCCCUCACCUGGGCCCUUCAGAUCCUGGUUUCUUUUCCUGCUUUUUUUUUACUGUUACAGAUUACAGAUGAAACCCCAGAUUAAAGUGUGUUCCGGCUUCAAAUAAAAGCCACUCCCAUCUGGUGA